AUGGCUGCCAUUUGCAUCAUGUACCCUGCGGGUGCCUUCAAUCUCAAAUAUUUCCUCAACAAUCACAUGCCUCUCGUUCAAGACACAUGGGGAUCCGAAGGUCUUGAAAGCUGGGAAGCCAUACAACUCAGCCCUGGCGUGCCAUACAUGCUUCAACUCGUCCUCAAAUUCGAAAAAAUGCAGCAAUGGGAUGCUGCCUCGACAGGCCCCAACGCCAACAAGGUAUUUGACGACAUCGCCAACUUUUGCAGCGUACAGCCGGAAAUCAUGAGGGGGACAAUUCGGGACUCUCACCGGACCACGCUCAAGGAAAAGAAGAUUUUUGGCAGCUGA